UAUUUUGCAUUCGGCAGCGCUCAUUUGAUGCGGAAAAGAGUUAAUUAAAAGUACAACAAAAUACACCCAGUUAGUUCAAUAAAAACUCUUGCAAUGAAACUUUAGUUUAUUUAAGAUCGUCAAACAUUGAAGCCAGCUCAACGAGAAAUAUACUUUUCACUCCAAUUGGAAUUAGUAGCGUUCGCUCUUUCAACUACAUAAACAAAAUUUACAACAAUAAAAAUAACUAAACAUACAAAACAAAUAUUACUAAUAAAAAGAAAAAGUGAAAAUUGAAAUCAAAACAAAAACGUUGAAUUUCGAAAUAUAAAAAUAAGUGCAAAGUAUCUUUAAGAUACGCCUAUAUUAAAAAACUCAAAACUUACUAAAAAUAACAACAACUGUACAUACAUAAAGCGUAAUAAUAAUAAAAACAAAUCAACAUUAUGUCUUAUGGUGCCGAGCGUGCUUUGGCCUAUUUUUAUCCCUUGGUUAUAGUCUCCACGGUUAUAUGCUGCAUUACAUCGGCGGUGGCCUGGACACAUUGGCGCUAUGUCUUAAAUGCCUGUCCAGACACUAAUUGUGGUUGUUAUUUACAUGCCCAAUCCACCUACUACUCAUUCCAGGGUGGUCCAAUAGCUUACUGUUAUUAUGCCACUUAUGGCCAGUUGCUGCCUCUGCUCUUUUGUGUUGUUUUGGGCAUUUAUCAUGUGUAUCGUGUAUGCAUGGGCACUGCCAAGAGGAAGACAGGAACUACAACAAUUAGACAAAGAUCCGGUGACAUGGUUGUUGUAACUACUGAAUCCGAAUUAACCGAUAAUGAUAUAUCACCAUAUUAUUGGUUACCCACCAGUAUUAUAGCCUGUUUUAUGUCAAUUUACACACUAAUAUAUGCCUCCAUUUACACUGAUGGUUUUGACGUCACUUGCAAGCAAUAUCGUGAGUCCCUGCUAAAAGAAAUCCAAGGUGUAGGCAAUAUAGUACCCGUUAUUAAGAGUCGCCUCUCGUGCUCUGCUAUAUUUGAUUUUAUGGAUUAUUUAGUGCAGAGUUCUUCAUUUGAGAGACGUAAAUAUGGACAUAUUAAUAGUUCAAUAUGCUUCCAUAUGACUUUGAUUUUUGGCUGGUUGGCUGUAUUCGGUUGGAUUGUUAUUGCCAUUAUAAAUAUAGUACAAACGAAACGAACAAGACCCUCAAGAGUUUAAAUUUUGUAUUACAUUUUUAUUUUAUUAUUGUAAUUGAACUAAACCGAAUAAUUUUAUAUAUAUAAAUGCCAUGAAGGAGAUUUUUAACAAUGUUUACAAAAUUUGUUUACUAUUUUUUCUCUAAAACGAGUAUUUACAUGUAAUAAUAAUAAUCAUAAUCAUAAUUUAAGUUUUUAUAAUAAAACAAUCACAAUUAAUUUUAUUUGAAUGUAUCAAAAUAAAAAAUAAUU